AUGUGCAGUAUAGAGAACUCUCAGGGAGACUGCCAUGUUAUUAAACCUGGCAGUAUAGAGGACUCUCAGGGAGACUGCCCCGUUAUUAACCCUGGCAGUAUAGAGAACUCUCAGGGAGACUGCCCCGUUAUUAACCCUGGCAGUCGGGGACAGGUAGCAUUAAUCCACGUUCAUGUGUGCGUCUCUCUCUGUCCCCCCCAGGUGCAGCGUGGGGAGCAGCAGUGUAACUCCUCGGCAGGGCCUUGCGGUGUGGACUCGUCGUCCCGUCACAGCGAGGUCCAGGACAGUGGGUUCGGCAGCGACAGCGCCAGGAUCCGUAUCGUCCAGAUAGAGCAGCAGAGUGGAGGCUCCCACCACCGCAUCGCUAGAACCUCCAGGAAGUCCACCGUCGUCAAGAACCUCUCCUUCGUCCCCUUCGACGUCUUCCUGACCGCUAGUAAACUCUCUCUCAUGACCUACGCCUGCUCCACUCUACCCAAGACCCCCGCCGCCUCGCCGGAGAAGAAGGACGGAGACAGGACGACGGGGAAGAGUGCCCUGAACCAGCUAGACACUACCUCAACCCCAGCCUCCUCCUCUUCCUCCCCCAACCCAGGCCCUCCUACCCUGGUCCCUCUGUCAGGCCUGACAGCACAAGAACUCCUGAACAGUAACUUUCCCCAGGAGCCUCGAGGUUCCCUCCUUUCCCUGGACUCCCUGCCUGCCCCCAGCCGCUCCUCAGCCCGCCAUGCCCUGGGGGUUACCAUCGUGAGGCAGCCUGGGAGGAGAGGGGCCGGUGAUCUGGUCCUGGAGCCUCUGCUGUACCUGCAGCUGGUCCAGCCGUCGGCCCUGCUCAGCUGUCACCACCGGAAACAGAGGGUGGAAGUGUCUGUGUUCGACGUCUCUCUCAGAGGAGUCUCCUCUGACUAUAAGUGUCUGGAUCCAGGGAAGUGCCUCCCAGAGGUAAUAGACUACAGUGUAUUGUGGCUCCAGACAGCAGCAGGAGAGAGUGACAGUCACACAGGAAUCCCUCCUCCUCUGGCCUGUCUACAGAUCAGAGACUUCCUCAAUGGACCAGCGGAGCUGAAGGUGGAGCUGUCCCGGCCCCUGAAGGUGAACCCUACACUGGUGAAACUGGAGCAGACCAAGGCUUACCUGAGGAAGGUCCUACCUGAACACUACUGGGAGGCUCCCAAACCCCCCUCCACCCCUCAUUCCUCCCCCGGCAGGACCUCGUCCUCCUCUCCCCCUCGUCCCGACCCCUCCUACCUCAGUUCCCUUAGAUCCCUGGCACCCUUUCACAAGGUGUCCCUCCGCACCGCCCAGAUCGUGGUUGUCAUGGAGACUGAGUCUCACCCUGCCCGGCCCAGCCUGACCUGGUCGGUGUCGGAUAUGAAGUGUACCAUGAACAUGAAGACUGGGCCCAAGCUAGACGACCCGGUCCAGUCAGUCUCAGUGCUGUUGGAGCUGCAGGAUGUCCUGGUGAGGACGGGCCUGAAGGAUCGGAGCCGUCUGCUGCUGGGGCCUUUCUCCUGUAGCGCCGCCCUAGAGGCCAGGUGGUGUAGGCACAGCAGCAGUCCUGGACCUGAGACUGGGAUCCCGAAACUACUGCUGGACCUGAAGGGAGGCCUACUGCAGGUGUUCUGGGGCCAGGAGCAUGUCAACUGUCUGAGGCUGGUGUAUGAACACCUCCAGGCCUCCCUCCAGAGGAACCAGGGGACUGGGGCUGGGACUGGGGCUGGGACUGGGACUGGGACUGGGGCUGGGGCUGGGACUGGGACUGGGGCUGGGGCUGGGUCUGGGGCUGGGUCUGGGGCUGGGGCUGAAGAGGAUAAGCCCCCCUUUGACCCCCAGUCACCCCCCUCCACUGAAAUCCCCCCCCCGAAGACAGAACACAGCUCCGACGACCUCCGCACCGGGCUGUUCCAGUACAUACAGGACUCAGCCUAUCAGAAACUGCCUGGUCCAUAUGAGGUUGUGUUCUAUGACGAAACAGACGACAGUCCCGGCGUCAUGCUGUGGCGUUACCCAGAAUCCCGUGUGUUGACCUUCGUACGCAUCACUCCAGUCCCCUUCAACACCACCGAGGACCCUGAGAUCAGCACCGCAGACCUGGGAGACAGACUAAAGGUGCCGUGCAGCCUGGAGUAUUGGGACGAGCUCCAGCACGCCUUCGUCCCCUACCGAGAGUUCAGCCUAUCAGAGAGUAGCGCCUGCGAGCUGACCCUGCCCAGCCUGACGCUGACCAAUGAGCAGAAGGAUCUGGUGACCUCUGACCUGUGGAGGAUCGUCCUCAACAGCAACCCAGACGGAGGAGACGAACAGAGUUCUGACAGUGAGUCAGGAUCUCAGCAGGGUUCCUCGGGGUCCCAGCUUCUGCCCUGUGACCAGCUGGUGUCCCCCACGGCGCUGGCAGCCUGUACCCGGGUCGACUCCUGCUUCGCCCCCUGGUCCGUGCCCUCCCUGGGCGUGUCUCUCACCCUGGCACAGAUACAGCUGCAUCUCUACCACCACCUGGAGCAGCUGGGAACAGUGCCGUCACGUCGACUCCGCCCCUUCCUGCCAGACAGGAAGUUGCCCCAGGAGCAGGAGUACCUGGUCAUCGGGGCACAGGAGCCGGGGUGUUCCUUCGCCAGUGGAGCGGUGGUACCGCCGUUCAUACUGCAGGGCCAGGCCGCGGUCACACGCUGCUCCAACAACACCCUCCUGGACGUGAACGUCUUCAUAGACCCCGUCUUCGUCAACAUCAGCCAGAACACUGUACACAGCCUGGAUACAGCCCUGCAGAGCUGGCAGCAGCCAUCAGCCAUCAGCCUGGAUACAGCCCUGCAGAGCUGGCAGCAGGUGAGACUACUGUUAGAUACUGAGUCUAAUCCUAACCCUAACGUCCAUCAGCCAUCAGCCAUCAGCCUGGAUACAGCCCUGCAGAGCUGGAGAGUCUUGCAGGCCUACCCCUCAGCCUCAUACCAACGUUCCCCAGGCAGGCCUACCCCUCAGCCUCAUACCAACGUUCCCCAGGCAGGCCUACCCCUCAGCCUCAUACCAACGUUCCCCAGGCAGGCCUACCCCCCAGCCUCACACCAACGUUCCCCAGGCAGGCCUACCCCUCAGCCUCAUACCAACGUUCCCCAGGCAGGCCUACCCCCCAGCCUCAUACCAACGUUCCCCAGGCAGGCCUACCCCCCAGCCUCAUACCAACGUUCCCCAGGCAGGCCUACCCCCCAGCCUCACACCAACGUUCCCCAGGCAGGCCUACCCCUCAGCCUCAUACCAACGUUCCCCAGGCAGGCCUACCCCCCAGCCUCACACCAACGUUCCCCAGGCAGGCCUACCCCCAGCCUCACACCAACGUUCCCCAGGCAGGCCUACCCCCAGCCUCACACCAACGUUCCCCAGGCAGGCCUACCCCUCAGCCUCAUACCAACGUUCCCCAGGCAGGCCUACCCCCAGCCUCACACCAACGUUCCCCAGGCAGGCCUACCCCCCAGCCUCAAACCAACGUUCCCCAGGCAGGCCUACCCCCUAGCCUCAUACCAACGUUCCCCAGGCAGGCCUACCCCCCAGCCUCAUACCAACGUUCCCCAGAACGGGGAUGAAGGUGCAGAGGAGUUGAUGGUCAGUCACCAUGUGGUCUGUAACGACACCCAGGAGUCCCUGAGGUUUGGCCAGGUGGACACUGACGAGAACGUCCUGCUGCCGUCCUCACACAGCCACCAGUACAGCUGGAGGAGCCACAAGUCACCACAGAUCUCUACCAUGGAGGGGUUAUAG